AGUCUUGCACAGGUGUACCGGCUCCUCCCCUUCAGUCUUGUACAGGUGUACCGGCUCCUCCCCUUCAGUCUUGCACAGAUGUACCGGCUCCUCCCCUUCAGUCUUGCACAGGUGUACCGGCUCCUCCCCUUCAGUCGUGCACAGGUGUACCGGCUCCUCCCCUUCAGUCUUGUACAGGUGUACCGGCUCCUCCCUUUCAGUCUUGCACAGGUGUACCGGCUCCUCCACUUCAGUCUUGCACAGGUGUACCGGCUCCUCCCCUUCAGUCUUGUACAGGUGUACCGGCUCCUCCCCUUCAGUCUUGCGCAGGUGUACCGGCUCCUCCCCUUCAGUCUUGCACAGGUGUAUCGGCUCCUCCCCUUCAGUCUUGCACAGGUGUACCGGCUCCUCCCCUUCAGUCUUGCACAGGUGUACCGGCUCCUCCCCUCCAGUCUUGCACAGGUGUAGCGGCUCCUCCCCUCCAGUCUUGCACAGGUGUACCGACUCCUCCCCUCCAGUCUUGCACAGGUGUACCGGCUCCUCCCCUCCAGUCUUGCACAGGUGUACCGGCUCCUCCCCUCCAGUCUUGCACAGGUGUACUGACUCCUCCCCUUCAGUCUUGCACAGGUGUAC